AUGGCUGAAACUCAAGAGAUGAAGGCUGUCGAGAUUACGCAAGAAGAGGAGACCAUGAAAGGAAUGAUUCCUUGGGCACGAGCGUCCUUGCCAGAUACGCCUGGAUUUCAUGGAGAUGCAAAUGCGGAGGAACAACACCAGGAGCAGGGUGCGGAUCAGAACAUCCCUCUGCUACCACCUGCUCCUCCUGCUGCACCCACGGACUUGGCAGCUCGAUCCAGCCCCAACCCCAACAUACCGUGGAAUCCAGCAGCUCGAUUGACAGUGGGAUGGUUGAAAGGCGUUCACUGGAAGAUCGUCCCAAGACACUUGAUCUCGGAAUCGCAUUGGGUCGCUUCUGUACCGGGCUGGGUCGAGCUAGAGGAUUUUGUGUUUGAGGAUUUAGAUCAUCACUUUAGAACGGGAUCAAACAUUACUCAUGAUGCUACUAGGGGAAACAGAUCUUCCCAGACUUCACUGCUGGAUGCAAGACGGACACAGAAUGUUGAAAUCAUGCUGCAGUCCAUACCGAUCGAACGCGUGGAAGCCAAAGCAUCCUUCAUAGCUGAGCUGAUGCAAAACGUGAUGACUUCGAGGGCAGUUGCAGUAAGGAAUGCUAUGCUUGCAUUACAGCAGGUCCAAUUGGUAGAAUGUCAGACUCAAGGAGUGAAUACAACGGCAAGAAAGAGGGACGCAUCGAUGGAUGGAAGAAUCAUCUCCGAGAAGUUGUUCAUGGAAGCAUCCGAGCAAGACUUGUUGCUUUCAACCCUCUCGAUGGAUCUUAUUGUAGAAAUUCUUGUGAGAUGCAGUUGUGUACGAACAAUUUUGAAGUUUGCCUGCGCCUCGCGAAAGAUCUACAAGUUUGUGUAUUCAAACGUGUCUCUUUGGGAAACCUUUUACAGCUCCUUAAUUCCUCGUGGUGGACAACGGUUAUCGAUUGGUUUCCUGUUGAAUGUUCUGGAAGUCAUGUUGGAUCGUCCAAACGUUUUCGUGCCGACACAACAAGAGGUCAACGCAUUCCACUGGUUCCAUGGGAACAAGACGAACUUCUCUCCUAGCAAUGUCUACUUUGAUAGCUUGAUCAAAUGGAAUGCUGACUGCUUACAAUCGAGCACCGGCCAUGUUUCGAUCCUCGAAUUCGAACGUCGCAUUUCGAUGAUUCGGACGUGUUUUCAGUUCCAGCUCAUUCAAGAAAGUUUCUGUGACGCACUGAGAGUCAUUGAAGUCAUCUUUUCGAGCCCAUCGUUCUUGUACAUUCUCUACACUGUUCGCUUCUUAGGGAAUGUCAUGAAUGAGUUUCCAGCUUGUGGAGCCUGGUCGUUCAAGUUGAGCUCUUUGCGAUCACUCAGAAGCCUGAAGACGGCCGAUGGGAAAUCCACUUUGAUUCAUUUCCUGGCAGCCUUUCUCCAGGUCCGUUGCCCCGAGGCAUUAAAGGUCUUGGAGUCAGCUGAGAUGAUCAGCUCUGCUGUCAAGAGGUUGGAGGCGUCCCUCCCGAAAUUCUUUGUGGUUUGGAGAUCCAUAAAGAUGUACUACGGGCUUGAGAAUCUUUCGCCGGAAGUUGUUGCACUAGAAGAGCAGUACGUCAAGCACUACCGCCCGAAGUUUGAAGAGGCUGUGUAUCAGAUCUCUUCAGAUGUAUUUCAAGUGAUCAGACGCCGAACAUUUGAAGACUACGACCUGAAAGCAGAGACGUUCUUGCUGAAUGCAAUGUCGAACCUCCAGAGCUUUGUCGCGGAUCUGGACCACGCUUGCAAAUCAGUGUCUUCAGACAUUCUGAAUCGUCUUUCAGGCUCUGUUCAAGGUGAUAAACUUGCAAGGUUUCACCCGACUUCUGAAUCUCACCCGACCGCUUUUCCAGACGACCUGACCCUGCUGACCCUUCCGAAGGACGCACCCAAGGCAGAGGGGGAUGAAAUGCUCGAUGCACUUGCAUCUCGAGGUGCAUCCAAGGAUGCUAACCAUGGUGAGAUUGAUGCGAAGCUUGUCGGGAUUUCUGAUCGGACGUCUCGGCUGCCAGAGUAUGAGACCCACUCUCAUGAUGAAGUUGUUGUCGACGGUCACAAUGCAGCUACCACAUCCCUUCAUUCUCCGUCACCUUCUACUCCUCCUGUUCCCCCGCCUCCUCCUCCGCCUCCGCCGCCUCGCUCAGGAGCAUCCACCAGCGUGGCUAAGUCAAGGACUUCCGGACCAUACGAAACUCUGCCAUGUCAGGAUAUUUUCAAGAAGCAGUUUAGGACGGCAAAAUUCAACUGGUCAGCUAGUUUUCAAUUACCGACGGAAAGAUCUUUCUGGAGCCACAAUUUUGCCCCAACGUUUCUUCACACAGACCUGGAAGCGUUGGAGGUUUCACUUGCUGGGAUGGCACUUUCUGACUUGUUCAGAGAGCAGAAAGCCGAGGCGCAGACUGCGGUUUCUUCAACUUUCUCACCGCCGUGGUACCUACGGGGUGUAGUUGUGGGGAAACCCACCAAUCAACUGAUCAAGAUGAAUUCCACGCCGGCAUUGGAAAUCUUCCUCAAAGGAAUAGGGAGAAUCCUAGACUUGCCGUCGGAUACAGCUGCUUCAAAGGAUCAGCGGGAGAACAUUCUUCGAUGCCCUACCUUGACUCGCCUUGAGCAAGAGAUUGAGAAGUGUAGCAAAGCAAUCCUCGAACGAGGUAGCUCUGCUAGCAUCGAAAGGUUGGAAUCGUAUGGAAAUGAUUCAGCUAGCUUGCUGCUGGAGGGUUUUCAGAUUGUGCUGGGGGUCAAGUAUGAACGAGAAGAGAUGGCAAGACUCUUCGCAGACGACCUCGCGAAAAGGGCGUUGAACGAAGAGAACAUGGGAAGAGUUCAUGAUAGCCUAAAGUACCUUCAAACUAGCUACCGACUCUGGCCGGAAGGUCCAGCCAAGGUGGCUCUGAGGACGUUCAUGACCAGGAACCCACUGGCAAACGCUGAGGCUCGUUCUUCCUCCUUUGAUGACUUGAGUUCGUUUCUGCUCGACGUGUUCGACGAGCAGAACUUCGCGAGGUUGGCGAAGAAAGUUGAGCUGCUGAGUGUUUGUUCUGACGUCCCGAGUUUGUUCUCUGAGUUGCGAGGGCUCGAUGCCGUGUACGCGGAAGUGCAAACGAGCGAACCUUUGAGGUCUUCCCUGCGCAUGGUGUUGGCCAUGGGGAACUUUCUGAACCAGCAUCGGUCGAACCCCGUGGAGGGAUUCACUCUCACAAGCAUCACGUCUUUCAAGGACAUCCGAUCUCGGGACGGCAGGAACCUCUAUCACGUCCUAUAUGUUGCCAUGGCACGAUACUGCAGCGAGCACCUGGACCGCCUACUCGACUUCAGCUCGAAGCUGCAAGCUGCCUCGAGGAGUGAAGAUCGUUGUCAGAGGGGUCUAACGGGCGAGGCCGUCGGGAAAGUCAGCACCCUCGUUGAUGACGGGAAUCUCCGCAACCUCCUUAGCGAGCCGCUCCUACAGAUGUGCCGAGACCUGAAGGACUGCUAUUCAACGCUCGAAGAGCGCAGGAAGGCUUCUCGGAGGUGGUUUGCCGUGCCCGACUCUCAGUCUGUUCUCUUCCUCGUCAAGGAGUUCGUCAUCGGAGUGGCCAGCGCCGGCAGAGAUCUCCGUUGGGCCCAGGUCAUGCAUCCCGGGGGGGCCCGGGCCAUUGUCCGGAACGUCCGGUCGGACGUCUGGUCGCGGAUCAACGAGAUCGACUGCCUCCAAGUCUCCCUGGGCAACCGCAGGUUCUCCUCCCUUGCCGCCCUGAUCGUCAGCCGGCUCAACUCCCGCUUCCGACUCUCCGACCAGUUUCGCUUCGACCCGGCAGCCCGGAGCGCGGAGGGUCCGGGUCCGAGUGCAGCUGCCAGUAGGCAAGAUGGGCGGACGCUGCAAGUGCGGGUGGUGGUGGUCGGCCAUGAAGAAUUCCACUUGACCUUCCCCCUCGUCGCAAGGUUCUCAGAGGUCUUGGACGCCGUCGCGGACAAGCUGCAGGUCAGGGUGGGCGAUUUCAGCGCCUCGAUGGCUGGGUCGGGUGUUGCCGAGGGGGAGGCCCUGCAAGAUCGAUGCAGCGAUGAUCGAUGCACCUUGAUGGUAAACCUUCGGCAAGGAGUGCGUCCCUCCGUCGCUGAAGAUCGACAACAGGACCCUGAAAGGAGUGGAAGGAGCUCUCAGAGCAGCGGAGCGAUUAGAACCGCUGCCAAUGGAGGUGGAUGA